AUGAGGGUGGCAUUCAAUCUGCAGACUCCUCUCUCUGAGAUCCUGAUGCCGCCCCUUGGAGAACAUGGGGAGGAGGUUCCUAUGAAUGAGGAACUCAGCAGACAACUUAGGAAGAGGACACAGCAAAGGCCAAUGGUGUACUUCUUUAUUUUCAUGACCAUGUGUUGGGAGCUGCAAGUACUUACGAGAUCCAGACCUGGCAACAUGGAGAGAAUAGUCAUCUGCCUGAUGGUCCUCUUCUCAGGGACAGUGGCCCAUAAAUCAAGCUUCCAAGGGCAAGAUCGCCUCUUGAUUAGACUGCGUCAACUUAUAGAUAUUGUUGAUCAGCUGAAAAACUAUGUGAAUGACUUGGACCCUGAAUUUCUGCCAGCUCCAGAAGAUGUAAAGAGACACUGUGAGCGGUCGGCUUUUUCAUGUUUUCAGAAGAUCCAACUAAAGUCAGCAAAUACCGGAGACAAUGAAAAGAUAAUUAAUGUAUUAACUAAACAGCUGAAGAGGAAACUACCUCCCACAAAUGCAGGGAAAAGACAGAAACAUAAACUGACAUGUCCUUCAUGUGAUUCUUAUGAGAAAAAACCACCCAAAGAAUUCCUAGAAAGACUAAAAUCACUCAUCCAAAAGAUGAUUCAUCAGCAUCUCUCCUAG